CACGCGCACCCCCUGUCUCCAUCACAUUCCACCGUCUCCCCUCCCUCAUCUGCCGCUGGGCCAGCCCCCCUACCGAACACCGGAUUUUGAGCGCGUGCACCCGGUCGGCUUGCUCGAGCAUCCACACUGGGACACAAAUGGAAACUCUUAGGGGAAACCCAGAAAUAAGAAGUCCUGCCGCUGUAAAACAGUUGUAAUAAUAAUGGAGCAACAACAGCGUCGUUUUCUUCCCUGUCCGUCCUUCAUAAUUUAAUCGUUACAUCGUUCCGAAGCGCGGCAAAGCACGUCCCGUUGUUAUACUAGCCUAGGCUACGGAUCGACUGAUUGUUGUGAUACGGACGGAUUUGUGUACGCAGGAGAUGAUAUAACGCACCUUGAAGACGACUAGAACGAGAACGGGUAACUGGAGCCGCGCGAAGAGGAAGCAUGAAGUUUGCGGUUGCAGUGUUGUGGCUGUUGUGGUUCUCGGUCGGCGAUGCCACUAUUGAAGCUCCAGAGGAGUUUGUGUCUCUGGCUGAGAUGGAGGAUGCCUUGUUGAGGAACCUGUUUAGAGGGUAUCAGAAAUGGGUCCGACCCGUUCUGCACGCUAACGACACCAUCACAGUACGGUUCGGACUCAAGAUCUCACAGCUGGUGGACGUGGAUGAGAAGAAUCAGCUGAUGACUACUAAUGUCUGGCUAUGGCAGGAGUGGGUAGAUGUGAAGCUCCAGUGGAACCCUGAUGAGUAUGGAGGAAUCACCUCUAUCAGAGUUCCCUCUGAAACAAUAUGGCUGCCAGACAUCGUCCUCUAUGAGAAUGCUGACGGGCGUUUCGAGGGCUCCCUGAUGACCAAAGCCAUCGUGAGGUCAGACGGGACAAUCAGGUGGACCCCUCCGGCCAGCUACAAGUCUUCAUGCACCAUGGACGUCACCUUCUUUCCCUUCGACAGGCAGAACUGCUCCAUGAAGUUUGGCUCGUGGACCUACGACGGCAACAUGGUGGACCUGGUCCUUGUGGACCACUACGUUGACCGUAAGGACUUCUUCGACAACGGUGAAUGGGAGAUCCUCAACGCCACCGGCGCCAAGGGCAGCCGGAGGGACGGGAUCUACUGGUACCCCUUCGUUACCUACUCCUUCAUCCUCAAGAGGCUUCCUUUGUUCUACACACUCUUCCUCAUCAUCCCCUGUCUCGGUCUGUCCUUCCUGACCGUGUUGGUGUUCUACCUCCCGUCUGACGAAGGAGAGAAGCUGUCUCUGUCCACGUCGGUCCUGGUGUCUCUCACCGUGUUCCUCCUCGUCAUAGAAGAGAUUAUACCGUCCUCCUCCAAGGUGAUCCCUCUGAUUGGAGAGUACCUCCUCUUCAUCAUGAUCUUCGUCACCUUCUCCAUCAUCGUCACGGUGUUUGUCAUCAACGUCCACCACCGCUCCUCAGCCACCUACCACCCCAUGGCCCCCUGGGUAAAAAACCUCUUCCUCCAGAGGCUACCCAGACUGCUUUGCAUGAGGGGACACACUGACAGGUACCACUACCCAGACAUUGAGCUGCGUAGCCCAGAGCUGAAGCCCCGCGGAGGUCCAGGGAGGAGGGGGGCGUCGGGCCAGGGCCAAGCCCAGCAGAGAGGCCCUGUCGGGGGGAAGGAGGAUGAGAACCAUGCCUGGUUGGCCAUGCUGGAGAAAGCCACCAACUCAGUACGGUACAUCAGCCGUCACAUCAAGAAGGAACACUUUAUCAGAGAGGUGGUGCAGGACUGGAAGUUUGUGGCUCAGGUGUUGGACAGGAUCUUAUUGUGGGUGUUCCUCACUGUCUCCAUACUGGGUACCAUCCUCAUCUUCACUCCAGCCAUCACUUUGUACCUGACCACUCCCCCCUUCAACACAUAGACCCUAUCAGUAGACCCUAACCCCUAUAGACAUAAUCAGUAGACCCUAACCCCUACACCCUACACCCUACACCCUAACCCCUACACCCUACAACACAUAAUCAGUAGCCCCUAACCCCUACACCAGGGUUCUUCUAUGUUGGUCCUGAUGGGCCCAAACACUUCUGGUUUUCAUCCUCUCCUUCUAAUAAGAGACUAGUCCAGUCCUGGGACACCAGGUGAGUGCAACUGACUAGAAUUGAACAGCCCUGCUCUACACCCUAAGCCCUACACCCUAAGCCCUACACCCUGCCUAUUUCAGGGGUAUUCAAAUCUUACCCAACGAGGUCCGGAGUACUGCUUGUUUUCAGAUUGUUAUUUGAGGGCUCUACUCCCUAACCCAGUGUUUCCCAAUCCUGGUCCUAUGGACCCAGAAGGGUGCACAUUGUGGAUUUUCCCCAGAACCAACACACCUGAUUCCACUAAUCAGGUUUGCAGUGUGUUGGUGCCAGUAGUGUAAAAUACUGGUUGGUGCUGGGGCCAGGACCAGGAUCAGUAAACACUGCCCUAACCCCUACACCCUACAUCCUAACCCCUACAUCCUAACCCCUACACUCUACAUCCUAACCCCUACCAUCCUAACCCCUACACCCUACAUCCUA